UAACAUUAUAUGGUAUUUCUCAAAAUCCAAUUACAAAUGAAAUUUUUAUAGUAACUGAAUUAAUGGAAAAUGGAGAUUUAAAAACAUGGUUAAAAAAUUUACCAAAUUUACCGGAAUAUUCUACAUUAUUACGAUUUUCAAGAGAUAUUUCAAGUGGUAUGACUUAUUUAGAAUAUCGUAAUUAUGUUCAUCGUGAUUUAGCAUGUCGAAAUAUUCUUCUUGGUACAAAUGGAAAUCUUAUUAAAAUUGCUGAUCUUGGAUUAUCAAUUAUGAUAGAUACAGAUCAACGUCAAGAAGCUCAUUCAGAAAAAUUACCAAUUCGUUGGUUAGCACCUGAAUUACUUGAUAAUCAAGCUGCUUAUUCGAUUAAAUCAGAUGUAUGGUCAUUUGGUAUUCUAUUGAUUGAACUUUGGUUAAAAGGUGGAGAUCCUUAUGGUGAUCAACAUCUAACAUGGAUUUCAUCUGCUGUUAGUACUGGAUAUGUUCAUGAAAAACCAUCAGAUUGUCCUGUUGAAUUUUAUGAAUCUAUAAUAUGUCAAUGUUUGAAAUUUAAAGCAAAUGAUCGACCAAGUUUUACAGCUUUGAGACAAUUGUUAGAAAUAUGGCAAUGUUAA